AUGAUAGGAUAUGUUGAUGGCAUAAAACUGCCUGAAGUCAAUAGUCUGCUAUUAGAUUUACAGCAUCUUAUGCUCUUUGGUUUUCUGUUUGAUGCCAUUAACACCAUCAAGGCUCAAUACAAAGUGAAGAAGCAAUGGACAGGUGAUCCCUGUUCACCAGUAGAAUAUAGAUGGGCUGGUUUGGAUUGUAGCUAUAUUUCAGGGCCCCCAAGAAUCACAGCUGUAAAUCUGUCUUCUAGUGAUCUGACUGGUGAAAUAUCCCCUUCCUUCAGUGAACUUUCAGCAAUCAAUUAUCUGGAUCUAUCUUACAAUAACUUGACUGGAAUGAUACCUGAUGCAUUAGGAAAAUUGUCCCAGCUUAAAAUUCUAUAUUUAAUGCAAACCAACAUUGAUAAGACAAUACCUCCUUCGCUUAGUGGAAGAGUGAAUGAUCGGCUGCUACAGAUUAUAUUUGAUAAUGCUAAUGCUCCUCCUCCAAGCCCACCUCCUUCCUCCAAUAAUAAGACCAUUGUCAUUGUGAUAUCAGUAAUUGGUGGGUGUUUUGUGCUAAUAAUGGCUGUGGUAUUUGUUUGGUGGUGCAUUUGGAAACGGCAUCCAGGUUCAGUCCUUAAUCCUGGCAAAAGACAUCUUGAGGAAAAAAAUAGUCUAUAUGAUACACCUCAUCCUCCACAGCCUCAUCCUCUGACAGCAAACCCUCAUAUAAUGAGAUUUUCAUACACACAGUUGAUUGACAUAACUAACAAUUUUGCUAGGAAAAUUGGGAAAGGGGGAUUUGGAGUUGUGCUUCAUGGUUGUUUGGAAAAUGGAAAGCAAGUAGCUGUCAAGUUGAAUUCUCAAUCAUCGCCGCAAGGGGAAAAGCAAUUUGGUGCUGAGGUUCAGAAUUUGACAAGAAUUCAUCAUAAAAACCUGGUUGAAUUGAUUGGAUACUGCAUUGAUGGAGAAGGCCUAGCUCUUGUUUAUGAAUAUAUGGCUCAGGGAAGCCUUCAUGAUAAUUUGAUAGGUUAUGAAAUAAUUCUUGCAAGUUGUGCUCUCAUAUUUAAACUUCCAACAUAUCUAAAAAAUUUGAUAAAGGUCUUUCCUCGGACACUAGAAUCUACAUAG